ACUCACCUGCCAGCCUUUAUUUAUUUUCUUUGGUCUUUUUCAACACAAGCCUGCGCCUGUAAUAGUUGAACUUAAACCAAUCGGCAUAAAAUGGCAAAUGAUUCCACUAUUAAAUAACAACAACAACAACAACAACAACAAAUAAAUAUCUAAAUUCUCCAACCGCUAACCGCCGUCGUCAUCCACCGGAGUUCCUUACUACUUCCGAUGGCGUCUCUCCAAUUCACUCCUCUCUCAACCUGUACACAACCGUCUAUGCCGGAUGUCAAACUGUUCCGGUGCCGGAAGCCGCUAUUUGUCCGGUGUGCUACCGGAAACUCUUCUUCGCCGUCGGUAACCACCGGUGAUGAUUUCGAUGCGAAGGUUUUCCGGCAUAAUUUGACUCGUAGCGAUAAUUACAACCGGAAAGGGUUCGGACAUAAGAAGGAAACUCUCGAGCUCAUGAAUCAGGAGUAUACGAGUGACAUAAUAAAGACGCUGAAGGAGAACAACAAUAAAUACACAUGGGGAAAUGUUACUGUGAAGCUUGCAGAAGCAUAUGGCUUUUGCUGGGGUGUCGAGCGUGCGGUUCAGAUCGCUUAUGAAGCAAGGAAACAGUUUCCUGAUGAGAACAUCUGGAUCACCAAUGAAAUUAUUCAUAACCCUACUGUUAAUAAGAGGCUAGAGGAGAUGGAGGUUAAAGACAUUCCGGUUGAGAACGGAGAGAAACAGUUUGAUGUCGUUAAUGAGGGCGAUGUUGUAAUUUUGCCUGCUUUUGGAGCUGCAGUAAAUGAGAUGCUGACUUUGAGUAAUAAACAAGUUCAGAUAGUUGAUACAACAUGCCCUUGGGUAUCUAAGGUGUGGAAUUCUGUUGAAAAACAUAAAAAGGGGGAUUACACUUCUAUAAUUCAUGGCAAAUAUUCUCACGAGGAAACUGUAGCGACAGCAUCUUUUGCAGGAAAAUAUGUCAUUGUUAAGAAUAUGGAUGAGGCGACAUAUGUGUGUGAUUACAUCCUUGGUGGUAAACUUAACGGAUCUAGCUCAACUAAAGAAGCUUUUCUGGAGAAAUUUAAAUACGCAGUUUCCAAGGGUUUCGAUCCCGACACUGAUCUAGUCAAAGCUGGUGUAGCAAACCAAACUACAAUGCUUAAGGGAGAAACCGAAGAAAUUGGGAAACUAGUAGAGAGGACCAUGAUGAGUAAAUAUGGAGUUGAAAAUGCCACCGAACACUUCAUAAGUUUCAACACUAUCUGUGACGCUACACAAGAGCGACAAGAUGCUAUGUACAAAUUAGUAGAUGAAAAGAUGGAUCUUAUGUUAGUUGUUGGUGGGUGGAACUCGAGCAAUACUUCACAUCUACAAGAGAUACCCGAGGACCGCGGUAUUCCAUCUUAUUGGAUCGAUAGUGUAGAGAGAGUGGGUCCAGGAAACUUUAUAGCCUAUAAGACAAUGCAUGGCGAGUUGGUUGAAAAAGAAAACUGGCUACCAAAGGGCCCUGUGACAAUUGGUAUCACAUCUGGUGCAUCUACUCCUGACAAGGCUGUUGAAGAUGUUCUUUUGAGGGUGUUUGAGAUCAAACGCGAAGAAUCACUUCAGGUCGCAUAGGUUAGUGGUUUAUUUAACAAGAUAAUCGAAUACCAUACUAAGUUCAUUUGUUGAAGCAUAUAUUGGCAUAAUGUUAAGUUGUGGUUCCUCUUUAUGUUGUAACAAAGAUGGUAAAAAGUGUCGACUCGCCUUUAUAUCAUUAUGUUGUUUCAAUAGUCAA